AUGGCGCCGCGCGCAUGCUUGCUUCUGGCGCUGUUGGCAGCUUUUGUCAGUGGCCCGGCCUAUGUGGUGGCUGAGAGCUGCACUACAGGAGGCUCCGGCAAGGGCCUGGCCCUGGUGCAAAGGACCCGCUUGUUGAGGACGAAGUAUGCCACAGAGCACGAAGAGCUCGAAGAGCAUGAUCGAGCGGGCAUUCCCUUGGGUGGAGUGCAUCGCAGUCACGGUGAAGAUCCUCAUGACGACAUGGGCGACCUUCUUCAAAGCUUGGUGGCCACGGCCGUGCGAGAGGGAAGGAACCUCACGCCAGUGGAGCGCCAGGCCUUCGACGAUAUGAAGGCGGUGCUUGAAAACACAACCGUGGCAAAGCUGCAGGACGCUGCGACGGCUGACCAGCAGUCCCUUCAGGACAUUGCCCAAGCCAUGCAGGACUGCGGAUUGAACCUGACCUCGCAGAACACGACUCUGCAGUUGCAGAAAAGCCUGGCAAUUGCGGCCCACGAUGCCUACAUGGAGGCCAGCCUGGCGGCCAACUCGACUGCAGUGGUGCUGGCCGAGAGAGAGCUCGCAAUGUCCACCUUCAUGGCCCAGUCCCCGCAACCGACCGUGGCGACGAACCAAAGUCAUUCUGCGGAGCUGGUGAGUGAAGUGCGGCGCCUGGUGGAGUGGGCUACAGAUUACCUUCAGCAUGCAGAUGCCUUGGAAGCUGCCUCCAAUGAGAGUGACACGCACCUGGCCAACCGCACUGCUCAGCAAAAACUCUGGGAAGAGGCCUACUGCGCAUGGCUGGCGCAGAAGGAGUUGAUGCUGACCUCCUACAACUUGUGCUGGCAGGCAUCCGCACAGUCCUACAACUCCACGCUCCUCGGUGUCCAGGCAAACACUGAGGCUCGCAGACUGGCCUUGGCUACCAUCCUCAAGCUGACGUGUUUCGUCGACGUCAUCGGCUCGCCUACUGAGGAACAAGAAGCAAAGCUGAAUGUUUGUGAGACGCAGGACUACAACACCAGCGACAUCGAUGUUACCGAGCCAGUUCUUCCGGAAAAGACCGACUUGAGCACUGCCACGCAGUUCGAUGUGGAGGCGGAUUUUGAUUGCGGCCCGCCCACAACCACUUCGGCUGCCACGGUGGCUCCGACCACCACGGCCGCGGCUACUACAACUACAGCCAGUACCACGACAGUCUCAGCACACAUCGUGUUCAGCGACACCAACGGUGGAAGGUUGAUUCGGUGCUGGGCGCCCUUCGAUGGCGCGGAUGGGUCUUGUGAAGAGCUCAUUUCCACUGACCAGUUCGAGGCCACCUGGGGCUUCACGCAGGCUGCAGAUGGCGACUUCGUGGUCGUGGAUGGUCCGGACCACACCGUCAAGAAGUGCACGCCGGGAGGAAGUUGCGAGGUGGUCGUGGGUGAGAGUGGGGUGGCUUCCAAAACUGCUACAACCCUGAAUUGGCCCAAGGCCGUCGCCAUUGACGGUAGCAACUAUGUCGUCGUGGAGCGGGGCAAUCACCGCUGCCAGCGAUGCCCGAUGUCGGGGGGCAGCUGUGAGACCAUUCUCGAGGGUCUGAACAAUCCCACAGAUGUGGUUCUUGCACCCAAUGGCAACUACCUCAUCACUGAGCACAAUGGCAUGCAGGUCAAGAAUUGCACCCCGGUCGUCGGCUCAGAGUGCACCACGCUGAUCGGAAAGGGUGUGCGGAACGACCUGUACUUCCCCGGCGGCCUCUCAAUCGCCAGCGAUGGCCACUACAUCGUUGCGGACAUGCACCACGUUUUCGACUGCGACCCCGACGCUUCGGGUCCCUGCACCCAGGUGAUCGGAGGUCAAGGAACUUCGAAUACGCAGCUGAACGAGCCAUGGAAAGCAAUCAAGACACCCGAGGGAGAUUACAUUGUUGCGGACAACAGGAACAACCGCAUCCAGAAGUGUCCACCAACGCCUGGCCAGGCUUGCACCACCGUGGCGGGACUGGGCAAAGGCGGUAUGAACAUUGGCAUGCCUCGUCUCGGCCUGAUGUAUUUCCCGCGCUGA